UCUCUCUCUCUCUCAGUGUGAGUUCAGGAAAAUGGCUGAAGCCAGUAUUUCAGUAGCUCAGGACCAGUUCAUGUGUCCAGUGUGUCUGGAUCUCCUGAAGGAUCCGGUGACUAUCUCCUGUGGUCACAGUUUCUGUAAGGUGUGCAUUAAUGGCUGCUGGGAUCAGGAGGAUCAGAAGGGCGUCUACAGCUGUCCUCAGUGCAGAGACACUUUCACUACAAGGCCUGUUCUACGCAGAAACAACAUGCUGGAUGAAGUGGUGGAGAAACUGAAGAAGACUGAAGUUCAAGCUGCUUCUUCUGCUCACUGUUACGCUGGACCUGGAGAUGUGGAGUGUGAUUUCUGCACCGGGAGAAAACACAAAGCUGUCAAGUCCUGUCUGAUGUGUUUGACUUCAUUUUGUGAAACUCAUCUGAAACCCCAUGUUGAACUUCCUGCUUUGAACAAACACACAUUAAUCGAAGCCUCAGCAAAACUCAAAGAGAAGAUCUGCUCUGAACAUCACAAGCUGAUUGAGAUCUACUGUUGUACUGAUCAAACCUGCAUCUGUUAUUUGUGUAUGAUGGAUCAUCACAAAGGUCACGACACAGUCACAGCCGCAGCAGAAAGAGCUGAGAAACAGAGUGAGUUAAAGGAGGAGCAGAUGAAAUCCCAGCAGAGAAUCCAGGAGAAGCAGAAGAAGGUGCAGGAGCUGAAACAGGCUGUGAACACUAUAAAGCUCAGUGCACAGACAGCAGUGGAGGACAGUGAGAGGAUCUUUACUGAGCUGAUCAGCUCCAUGGAGAAAAAGCGCUUGAAGGUGACGGAGCUGAUCAGAGAUCAGGAGAAGGCUGAACUGAGUCGAGCUGAACGACUCCUGGAGCAACUGGAGCAGGAGAUUGCUGAUCUUCAGAGGAGAGUCACUGAGCUGGAGCAGCUUUCACACACACACGAUCACAUCUAUUUCCUCCAGGUUUUAGCUUCUGGACGUCAGUCUCCUCCAUUUCUCAAACCAAAUUUUCACACAUCCAGCAUCACCAUCCAUCAACAUCUCUCAUUUGAUGGAGUGAGGAAUUCUCUCUCUGUUCUGAAGAAGAGACUCGAGGAAUUCUGUGAGGAGGAAUUCAACAAAAUCCCUCCACAUGCUGCAGCAGUUCAGAUCAUUUCAGUACAAGAACCACAGAGCAGAGAAGAAUUUCUGAAAUAUUUCUGUUAUCUGACUCUGGAUCCCAACACGGCACAUCGUCGCCUCAUUCUGUCUGAGAAGAACAGAAUGCAACAGGUGUGCGCAAUGAUCAAUUGA